GGCUCCCUGGAUUCGAAGCUUCCAACAUGUCAAUUGAGCUACUGCUCCUUCUCGCCACACUGACGAUCGUUUUUUACAUCUGGCAGAGACGGGUCUUUUCCUUUUGGAAGCGUCAUGGGGUUAAAUACAUUAGUCCACUGCCUCUUCUGGGCUGCACCCGAGAAUUUCUUACCGCACGAGUUCCGUUUUUCGAGCAGAUCCAAAAGUUCCACGAAGCCCCUGGCUUUGAAACUGAACCUUUCGUAGGCGUGUACAUGGCCUACCGGCCGGCUCUAGUUAUUCGCGAUCUAGACCUAAUCAAAACUGUGAUGAUUAAGAAGUUUCAAUACUUCAACAAUCGCGUGCUGCAGACAGACCCGCACAACGACGCCCUUGGCUUUAACAACCUCUUUUUUGCUCGCAGUCCUGCGUGGAGAGAGCUGCGCACUAGGAUCUCUCCUGUGUUUACCACGGGCAAGAUUAAGCAAAUGUAUCCUCUGAUGGUGAAGAUUGGAAAGAAUCUGGAAGACAGUGUGGAACGCCUGGGUAGCGGCUCCAAAGUUCAGGUGAAGGACCUGUGCGCGCGCUUCACCACCGACCUAAUAGCCACCAUAGCCUUCGGCCUGGAGGCCAACGCUCUGCAGAACGCAGAGAGCGAGUUCUUCUACCACAACAAGGCUAUCUUUACGAUGACGUUAGCUAGGGCCAUCGAUUUUGCCAUAAUAUUCAUGCUGCCAGCCUUGGCGUCUCUGGCGCGCGUGAAACUCUUUUCCAAGGAAACCACGAAGUUUAUCCGUAGCAGCAUCAGCUACGUACUGGCGGAACGCGAGAGGACCGGUCAAAAGCGAAAUGAUCUUGUCGAUAUCCUCUUGGCUCUAAAGAGGGAGGCUGCCGCGAAUCCGGAGAUGUCACAAACGGCAAUCGAUCUAGAUUACCUGGUGGCCCAGGCGGCCAUUUUUCAAACAGCCGGCUUUGAAACUAGCUCCUCCACAAUGACGCUAACACUUUUCGAGCUGGCCAGGAACGUGGCUUUGCAGGAGCGCCUCCGGCAGGAAAUCGCCGACUUUUUCGGAGACGAGGAUCAUGUCAGCUACGAGCGCAUUCAGGAGAUGCCCUACCUCUCUCAGGUCGUCAACGAAACACUGCGCAAGUAUCCGAUCGUGGGCUACAUUGAACGAGAAUGCUCCCAGCCUGCGGAAGGCGAACGGUUCACACUUGAACCUUUUCACAACAUGGAGCUGCCGCACGGAAUGUCUAUCUACAUGUCGACUCUUGCCCUCCAUCGGGAUCCCCAAUACUGGCCAGAGCCGGAUACGUUCGAUCCGGAGCGCUUUAAUCCGGCGAACCGCGAUAACCUUAACAUGGACGCCUACAUGCCCUUCGGCAUAGGUCCGCGCAACUGCAUCGGUAUGCGAUUGGGUUUGCUGCAGUCAAAACUGGGGCUUGUCCACCUAUUGCGUAACCACCAGGUCCACACGUGCGACCAGACCGUUAAGAAGAUUGAGUGGGCUGCUACUAGCCCGGUAAUAGCCUCCAAGCUCGACAUUGUCCUUCAACUGGAAAAGGUUGUGGAUUAGUUGGCCCUUAGACAAAAUUGAAAAACUACGGAGGUCAAUUGUAAAUAUUUUAUUGUAAUUAAAGAAACUGCAAAAUAAUGAGGAAUCACUA